AUGCGCACCGCUAUAUUAUGGCCAGGCGUCGUCUUCCAGACGCUUUGCCGGUCCGCUCACGCCCGCGUAAUCACACAACCACCACGCGACGAGGCGGUUGGGCCAAACUACCACGCCCAUGCCGACGUCCUCCGGUACGUCAAUCCGAAGAUCGGCACGUACGGCACCUCGCCCAACGACAACGGGGGCAUGAUCCCCUCCGUCUCCGUGCCCUUCGGCAUGACGCGAUGGACGCCCCAGACGCGCGAGAACUACAUCUCGCAGGUGCCCUACCACGACGCGGACGCUUUCAUCCACGGCUUUCAGGCCACGCACCAGCCCGCGAUAUGGAUGGGCGAGCUGGGCCAGGUAGUGCUGGCGCCGGGAUGGGGACGGGAGGUCAAGGUGCCCUUUGAGCAGCGGGUGCUCUCGUUCCGCAAGGAAGACGAGGUUAGCACCCCGUACGUAUACGAGGUUCUCCUGGAUGCGGAUACGACAGGCGAACAUGACUGGGACCUCACGGAGGCUGCUGCAGCAGAGGGACCGGUUCCGGGGGGCGUUGGCUCUGUGCCGGACGAUGUCCGGGAUGGUGCGAAUGGACGGACGAGGAAAAGAGACGACGUCCAUGCUGACCCCUACAGUCGUGGAAUCCGAGUUGCGAUGACUGCUUUGGCACAUACCAGUUUCUUGCGCUUCGAUUUCGAAGAAACUUCGGAUCUGUCGAUCGAGAAGGAGAGCCACGAGCCCUACGUUUUCAUACAAGCGACGCGGCAGAACUGGACUGGGCAUGUCCAGAUUGAUCUAGAGCACCAGGAGAUCUGGGCAAGCAACCCGCAGCGGCAGGACUAUCGCCUUGGACCUAACAAGCCGGCGUCCUUCAGUGGAUAUUUUGUGUCUCGGUUCUCCCAGCCAUUCACAUCGUAUGGAACGACUACUGGAGGUGACAUCUCCGCAGCUUCAUUGAAAGCCUCUGGCGAGUCACUUAGUGCCUACGCACGAUUCCCUUCGCACACUACGCGAGUCGAGGUCCGCACCGGCGUGUCAUUCGUCAGCAUCGAGCAAGCGCGGAGGAAUCUGGAUAUCGAGAUUCCCGACGGCACUUCAUUUGAAGACACAGUCGAUUCGGCGAAGUCCGCCUGGCUGGAGAAGCUGGGUCGCGUGACUAUUGAAGGAGUCAAUUCCACGGACGAGAAGCACGACCCACGAACAAUCUGGUACACUGGCCUCUUCCACGCGCUCCAGUACCCCAGUGACUUCUCGGAGCCUACCAGCAGCGAUCCGGCCAGUCCGCGCACAUUCUACAAUGGCUACACUGAUAGUAUACACGAGAGUAACGAGUCCUACUACCAAUCGUGGUCUAUCUGGGAUACAUACCGGGCUGAACACUCCCUUCUCACGUUGUUCGCUCCUGAGCGUGUAAACGGCAUGAUGCGGUCUCUCCUGAACAUCUUCGAAUGGACUGGUAGACUCCCGAUGUGGGCCAACAUGGUCGAGACCAACAUCAUGAUCGCCACGAAUGCCGACGCGGUGCUAGCAAAUGCGCUGUCCCGGGGUUUCCGCUCGUUCGACAUCGGGAAAGCUUGGGCGGCAGUGCGAAAGGACGCCUACGAGCCACCAGAUAGAGACACGGAGCUGUUGUACUACGAUCGCGAACCUGGUACCCCAUAUGAGGCCCGCGCUGGCCUGACGAGCUACAUGGAACAUGGCUGGGUCGAUAGCGACGGCUGGUCGGAGUCAGGUUCUCGAACUUUGGACUAUGCGUUCAAUGACGCGGCAUGCGCUGUCGUCGCACGAGAAGCAGGCGAAGAAGCAGAUGCAGAUGAGCUGGAGGCUAGGGCGAAGAACUACAAACACAUCUGGAACGCGGAGACUCAGUUCAUGCAGGCACGCAACGCCAACGGCUCCUGGGCGAACGACACGUGGGGCUGGACUGAAGGCGACAAGUGGGUGUACACAUUCGACGUACUGCACGACGUAGACGGGCUAGCAGAGCUGUUCGACGGCGGCCGGGACGGCAUGAAGACCAAGCUCGACGAGCACUUUGACGAGCGCAUCCGCAGCCUAGCCUGGGAGAACUACAACGCGACCAGCGCGGGACUGAGCGGCAAUGAGGACCUGGGACAGAUGAGCGCGUGGUACGUGUUCUCGGCGCUGGGCUUUUACGCAGUCAAUCCGGCAGGCGACGAAUACAUACUUGGCUCGCCGUUCUUUGAGAUGGUCACUAUCAAACUUCCCGCGGGAGUGGCGAGUGGCGGCGAGGUCGAUGUGGGUGGUGGUCAGGACAAGGGGCUGGUGAUUUCUGCUCCGGGCGCUACGACAAUGCCGUAUGUGAAAGGACUGGCCAUCGAUGGGAAGGCGAUAAGUCACCCCGUAAUACGGCAUGGCGAGUUGGUGAGUGCAAGCUUGAUCGAGUUUGAGAUGAGUGAGACACCCACAGCUUGGGGAGGGGAGGGCGAUUUAUAA